UGGUCGUCAUUGCAUUACUUGAGAGUAGGGGGUUCGGUUGCUGACGAUGACUUGCAGAGAGCACGUGUACCGCCGCCACUUGCUCAGGACCUUCUGCCCGCGCUGCUUCGAGCACUUCGACAAGCCCGAGUCGGUCCGCGCGCACCUGCGCGCCGAAGUCCCCUGCCACCGGCGCGACCGCGUGCCCGACACCAUCACCGACGACCAGGAGAAGCUGCUCCGUGAGCGCGCCAAGGCGAACUGCUCCGAGGAGACUAAGUGGCAGAACAUGUACAGCAUCAUCUUCCCGGACGAGAAGGUCCCGUCGCCGUACUACGAAUCGCCAAGCGGCUCCUCUGCCGCGGACGAACAGAGCCGGCUCGCGCGCUUGAACGAGCUCCGCGAGCACCUGCGCAAGGAGCUGCCCAAGCUGGUGCGGCAGCAUCUUGCCGAGUACGUCGACAAGCUCUUCCAGGAGAUGCAGGACAAGGUGAACCAAAAGGCGGGCGAGAUCAUCCGCGAGGUGGAGACGAAGAUCAUCCGGACCUUCCAUUACCACGAAGGGCACGCCACGGCGGCAGGCCCAGACGCGGCCGAGCCCAACCCGCCGUCUCACUGCGCUACCGGCGCCGGUCCCGGCCCGGAACUGCCCGUGCUGGAGCAGGUUAUGGACCAGCUGUGGGAGGAUCAGCAGUAUCGCGAACUGCGCAGCGGCCUGGCGCAGGACUUUGACUUAGAAACUUUCCUGGCUGACGGCCAAGGACUAGACUAUGACGGGUUCGGCGGCGACUCGGCAUACUACUCCUUGUCGUCGAAGGGAGGGCAGGAGCCGUGCGCCAUCGGCGGUGCCGACUUCGGCAAUGAGCUCUACUGAGUCUCUGUGUCUUGCUAGGAUGAGCGUGGACGGUUCUUUAUGUUUCGAUGUGUGGUUUUCAGUGUAUUUCUGUCCCGACAUGUCUUGGUGGGCCUUCCGUGGCCUUGUUCGGUCAUUGCUGCGAACUGUUCGUUGGGAGUCUGUUGGACAAUGGUACUUUCACUGCAGUGUAUUUCCUUCCGUCAGAAUCAGACACAGCCUCUCUCCUUACAAGGCAGUUGUUGACCUCUUUCCAAUUACUUCCGAGAAGGCGGAUAUGGAGUGAGCUGGUGACUCUCCAAUGCGGCCCCAGUCCUAAGCACAGGGAUGGUGGUUCUCUUG